AUUCAUCGGAUCUUCUGCUUGCCCUUCUUUUCUAUAUAUAUAUAUAGCUGUACGUUUGAACGAAUAAUAGUCAUCAAACGAGGAGAAGCACGGAUCACUUCCCAUCCCAAGACGAUUAGAGUUACCUCGAUGUCCGCUGUCGGCAAGUCGACGAACAUUUUCUGGCAAGAAUGUUCGGUGGGGAAGCUCGAUCGGCAGAAGCUGCUGAAACAGAAGGGCUGCGUCGUUUGGAUCACCGGUCUUAGCGGCUCAGGGAAAAGCACUUUAGCAUGUACAUUGGAUCAAGAGCUAUAUUCAAGAAGUAAGCUUGCUUAUGUACUUGAUGGUGACAACCUUAGGCAUGGAUUGAACAAAGAUCUUGGAUUUUCAACAGAAGAUCGCACAGAAAAUAUACGCAGGGUUGGUGAAGUGGCAAAGCUCUUUGCAGAUGCGGGUUUGAUCUGUAUCGCUAGUUUGAUCUCUCCAUAUAGGAAAGACAGGGACUCAUGUCGUGGAAUUCUUCCAGAAUCUAGUUUCAUUGAAGUAUUCAUGAAUAUGCCUUUAGAGCUGUGUGAAGCAAGGGAUCCAAAAGGCCUUUACAAACUUGCUCGAGCAGGAAAGAUAAAAGGUUUUACUGGGAUAGAUGAUCCAUACGAACCACCUCUAAACUGUGAGAUAGAGAUAAAACAAGAGAAUGGAGUUUGCCCGUCUCCUAAUGCCAUGGCUGGGCAAGUCGUAGGUUACCUGGAAGAGAAAGGCUUUCUACAUGAGUAGCAAACCAUCAAAAAUUCUGCUGCUAGUGAAAUCCAUCUUUUGCUACAUCUCCAGUUGUGAUACUUCAAACAUUUUUUCUUUUGUACUUAAUUUAAAAUUGAAGGGCUCAAAUGAGUCUAUCCAUUGAUAUAUUUGCAAAACAGUUGUUUCUCGGAGUUCCAUAACAUGAAAUUGAGAUGCAUAUGCGUGGUAUAUAAAAUCUA